AUGAUCAAUAGAAGUACUGCAUUCAUUUCCAAGAAUUUGAGAUAAGCCAACUUGACUCAAAGUUCUUUGGCUAUGAAGACUCAAUAUAAUCAAAUGGGCUUCAGCAGCGAUAAUCCUUACAAUAAGAGAUGGGAAUACAAGUGGAAGCAUUCUUACUACACUUAUCCCAGAGAUUAUGAACACACCGAGGUUAGAAAGCCUUAAGACUCCAAGGAUGUCCCACCCAUUUACUUUGCUUAUUACAAAGAUUUUGUUGACAGAUGGCUCCCUGGUAUGAAUAUGUGGUGGUAGAGACGUCACAGAAUUUUUGAUAAGUUCAAUGUUUAUUUCUUACCUGGUAUGUCCUUAUUCUUCUACUAAUUUGCUGAUCUCGCUCUUGGUUUCAAAAUUAUGGCAGCUUUCCCCUUGUUCCUUGCUUACACCAGAAUUAGAGAUAAGACUCUUGACCCUGACUUCAAGGAAACCUACUUGAGAGAUAUGAUCUACUAAAAUCCUGAAAUCACUAAAUAUUUCAACGAAGAAACCAUCCACGUUCUUGACUACGAAUUUGAAUAUCUUCCUGGUUAUCUUUGCCCUGAAAAGUUCCCUGAAUACUAAAACAAGACCUGGUAAUUCUUCAACACCGAUACUGCUUAAGCUGAAGGUUUCUUCAAGUUUGGUGAUGUUGAAUCUGGUGCCACCAUGACUCUUAAGUUCAAGACCAUGCCUAUUCCUGGUAAAUUCAGAUAUCAAGUUGGUGAACCCUUCUACUUCUAUGAUUUAAGAGCUGAAAUUAAGUGCGACGGUGUUUACAAGGAAGUUGUUUUAGUUGAUGAAAAGGAAUCAUUAAAGAAGAUCAGACCUUUCCUCUUCCUUAUUUGA